GUUCAGUGCAUUUUAGAACUCAGAGAAGUCAACAUGACACGAUUUGUAGUAACUGUGGCAGUUAUAUUGGCCGCAUUAAGUGUGGCCUAUACAUACCCAGCAAAAGACAAAAUAUCCUAUCAGGGAUAUAAAGUCUUCAAAGUGAACAUUGAAAAUGAUGAACAACGUACAUUUUUGGCUGAUUUCAUAAGAAACAAUAAGGCUGGGAUUUCCAUAUGGCAGGAGGAUUCUCAUAACAUGGAUAUCCUAGUUGAUCCUCAGACCCAGAUGUACUUCGAAAAUUCCACAUUGGUGAGAGGUAUUAAGUUUAGUGAAAUGAUUUCGGAUUUACAAAGUUUGAUUGAUGAAGAGCAAGCCUACAAUGGCGAUGAUUCUGAUGAAUUCAAUUGGACGCGCUACUAUGAACUUGAGGAUAUUUACAAAUUUCUCGAUAAAAUUCUUGCCAAAUAUCUAACUGUUACGGAACCAUUCACAAUUGCCCAGUCCUAUGAAGGACGUCCUGUGAGGGGUAUUAAAAUUUCCUACAAAACGGGAAAUCCUGGAAUCUACAUUGAAUCAAAUAUUCAUGCACGUGAAUGGAUUACAUCGGCUACGGCUACUUGGUUUAUCAAUGAACUUCUUACCUCAUCGGAUCCCGACAUACGCAACUUGGCGGAAAAUUAUGAUUGGUAUAUUGUACCGGUGUUGAAUGUUGAUGGAUUUGUGUAUACCCACAAUAAGGAUCGUUUGUGGCGUAAAACACGUCAACCCGUUGCACACUCUCCCUGUAUUGGCACCGAUGGUAAUCGCAAUUUCGACUCGUAUUGGAUGGUCAACGGUGCCUCAUCGGAUCCAUGUGCAAAUGACUAUGCCGGACCGGUGCCUAAUUCUGAACCAGAAAUUAAAGGAGAAUCGGAAUUUUUACGCUCAAAUAAGAACAAAUUCAAUGUGCUUUUGGCAUUCCACAGCUAUUCACAGAUGUUGUUGUCUCCAUAUGGCCAUACAGAGGAAGUUCCACCAAACAACGAUGACCUCUUGAAGGUGGCUGAUGCCUAUGCCCAGGCUGUGGGCAAGCUGUCGUAUGGAAGUGAAUACACCUAUGGUACUUCGGCCGGUGCAAUGUAUUAUGCCCCUGGAGCAACCAUCGAUUUCGCCUACAAUGAAGCUGAUAUUAAGAUAACCUAUACAAUUGAAAUGCGUGAUACAGGACGUCAUGGUUUUGUUUUGCCACCCACACAUAUCCUGCCGAAUUGCAAGGAAACAAUGGCCGGUAUUAUGGCCCUUAUCAAAGAAGCCCAAAAUUUGGGUUAUAUGACACCAAAAUAUUAGUAAUCACAUUUUGUUAUUGUUUUUUUUUUUUAAUUGAUUAAUAAAGAAACAAAAAACAAACAAGA